AAAAAAGUCCUACUCAACUCAUGAGGUACCAAGUCAGACUGAUGGUCACGCGCCUUUGGCGGCCAUGCAGGAACAUGACCGCGCUGAGACACGGUGAUGCCCAAAACUUGCACCUAAUGAUCGCUAUGUUUCUCGUCAUAAAAGGAUCUGACUAGCCAGUAUGACUGUAUUUUAUUAUAUUUUGCAAUGUUUCAACUGUCGUGACUGACUUUCC